AUGGAUCUCGCUUCUAUAUACUUCGGGCUCUUUUUGGGCGUCUUUGUGUUCACUUUUGCGAAGGCUGUGCAGCAGACACGGGGCAUAUGGAGACGCACGCGGAGCCUUCAUCACGCAUACUUGUAUAUGAUCUGGGUAGAGGCAUGGGUAAAUUUUGUCUUUGCCCUUGUCACAUUUCUGUACCUGAAUGAAAUCAUUCCCGGGAGUCUCAUGUUCUUUUUAUUCACUGUGGCACUGUGGGCUAUUCAGACUCAACUCUUGCCCCAAAUCAUUGCCAACCGCGUAGCUUUGAUCAUGACCAACAGGCGUAGAGCCAGGAAGUUGAAAUGGGGCCUCGCGCUUCCUAUCGGGUGCAUCAAUAUAGCCGUUUUCUACAUAUGGACUGUCGCGCACCUGCCAUCAGCUACACCAUUUCAGAUUCAUCUCAACCUGAUGUUCGAAAAGGCGGAGAAGUCUUUCUUCCUUGUCGUUGACUUGGGGCUCAACUUAUACUUCUUGUAUCUGGUUCGCUUCCGCCUGAUUGCCGACGGAUUGGGCAAGUAUUGGAGGCUCUUCAACUUCAACGCUGGCAUGGUAGUUAUUUCUACGUCUAUGGAUAUUAUGCUCCUUGGAUUCUUGAGCUUGCCAAACCCUUACUUAUACGUCCAAUUCGCCCCUCUCGCCUACAUAGUCAAGCUGUACAUCGAGCUCCUAAUGGCUAACUUGAUCUCUAAAGUUGUCAGGAGU